GUUUUGUGUCAAAUUUGGGGUGUGGUUUAAUGUUUUCUCGUAGUUUAAUUGACGGUUUCGUUUCCGGUGCAGUUGAAGAGUAGCACUAGGAUUAAAAACUCGCUUUUGAAUGCCAGACGCGUGUUACAUUGUAUCAGACUUUCGACAAUUACUUGAGGAUGGAUGCUUACACUGUAUUAAAGGUUAUUGGGGAAGGUUCCUUUGGCAGAGCGCUUUUGGUCCAAGCAAAUAAUGAAAGUCAGCAAUAUGUCAUGAAGGAAAUUCAUCUUUCAAAGAAUCCCUCUGGAUUACAAAGAUCACGGAGAGAAGCCAUCCUCCUAGCAAAAAUGAAGCAUCCCAACAUUGUUACAUUUAUAGACUCAUUUGAAGCUGAAGGGCAUCUUUAUAUAGUGAUGGAAUACUGUGAUGGUGGAGAUCUCACAGAAAAACUCCUGCAACAAAAGGAGAAACUACUUCCAGAGGAAACGGUGUUGAAUCUAUUUGUGCAAAUUUGCCUUGGAAUGAAACACAUACAUGACAAACGAGUUCUACACAGAGAUAUCAAAUCCAAGAACAUAUUCCUCACUAAAACUGGAGUGGUCAAACUGGGAGACUUUGGAUCUGCACAUCUACUGAACAGUCCCAUGGCCUUUGCUCACACCUAUGUAGGAACACCAUACUAUGUAUCUCCAGAAAUUUGGGAGAAUAAACCUUACAAUAACAAAAGUGAUAUUUGGGCCUUGGGAUGUGUCUUGUAUGAACUCUGCACUCUACGGCAUCCUUUCCAGUCUAAUAGUUGGAAGAAUCUCAUCCUGAAAAUCUGCAAAGGGACUUACACUCCAAUUCCAAGACAUUACUCCUACGAACUGCAAUACAUCAUAAAGCGAAUGUUCAAAAGAAAUCCAAAGGAUCGUCCCUCUGUCAGCACUAUUCUUGCUAGGAAUUGCUUCGCAAAGCUUAUUAACAAGUUUUUAUCACCUGAGAUGGUUAAGAAGGAGUUCUGUGAAGUAAAAGCCAAAAAGAAAAUAGCACAAGAUAAAUGCAGGAGGAUCGUGAAAGCCAGUAUACCAAGUAAAUGUGAAGAUGUCUCUCCCAACGCUGGUGGAAGUGCAAAUAUGGAAACCACAAAGCCUUCACCCGAUGUUAGAAAAUGGAACCCAGCAGAAGGAGAAAGCAUUGCCAAGAGCUUAGCUCAAAAAGCAUUGGAAGAAACAGCUUCUCACAUGGAAGUAAUACCAAAGGGGGACCAUGUGAUAAUCCAAAGUGGCAAAACUUCUUGUAGUGUGCCGGGUCGAAAGAAAUGGGGUGACUUUCCCCCAGCAACCGUGUUAAAUAUACUUGAAAAUGCGAAACUGACAUCCAACUUGGCUGUUGAGGACGUGAGCAGCGGUGAUAAUGUGACAAUUUAUCCGAAAAGUAACCCUCGAAAACGGUGGAGCCAACAUCCUCCUGAAACAGUACUGAAUUUCUUAAGGAAUGUUAACUCAAACUUUGCAUUUAAGACCUACACAAUAGAUAAAGGAGCAUCAGGAGCCUAUCUCAUUGGCCCACUAUCACCUGCUGUUGGAAAGGCUGAUAAUGUUGAUGGUGAAAUGGAAACAAUUGAAUUGGAUCCAGAAAGAUUGGAACCCAGGUCUGAUGAUGAAGACACAGAUUUUGAGGAAGCUGAUGAGCCAGAUUGGGUGGAUGAGUUGAAGAAUUUGCUGGAGGAUAACCUUUGAAGUGCUAUUCUAACUGACUGAAUAAUUAAAAUGCUACAAAACAAAAUAA